UUACUAUAGUAUGUAAAUAAAAACAAUCAAAUAAAUAAUGCAAUUUAUUUUAUAAAUUGUAUUUUUAAAAGAAGAAUUUUAUAUAGAUUUCAUCAAUUAUGUUAACAAUAGUAAUUAAUGUAUAAAGUGAUAUUGAAUAAAGAAAGUAAAUAUGUCUUACGUAGAACAUGGACCCCGAAUUUUUUUAACUAGUAAACAUAACUCUGGAACACCUUUGAUAUAUGGUGAUUAUGUUUUACCGAAGAAACGUUUAGAAGGUCGAUUAAAAUUACAUGAUUCUUGUUCAGAUAUUAGAGCUUGGAGUCCUAAUUCUUUAGAAAAUUCACGUUAUUUUCGUGAACUCAAUGAACAUGAUUCAUCAAUAGGAAAAAUAAUACCAUUUAAUGUAGUCAUUGAUAAUAUUAUUCAACUCAAUUCAGAAACUCAAAAUAAACUUCAAGCAGUUAAAAGAGAACUUAACAAAUAUAAGAGUCUUAGACUUACUCCUGAACAAGAAGAACAAUUAAGAAAUUUAGAUUAUAUUUCAAAAGUAAAAACUUCGUCACAGAAAAACAAUUAUACAACAGGAUUGUUAAAGGAUACAUUUUUUAAUAUGAAUAAAUCAGGUCCUGUGAUUCAUUCAAAUUCAUAUUUAUCAAUUCAUAUACCUUGUGAGAGAAAUUUACAGAAUAAACAAAAUGCAUCAACCAUAACAAAUCAUAAUCACUUAUAUUCUUUAACAGCAUUUGAUUCAUCUUUGAAAAAUUAUAAUUUAAUAUCAUCAUGUAGAUCUAUUUUGAAAUCAUUUCCUAUUUCAGAAUACAGUGAAAAGACAUCAUCAUGGAUAGAAUAUGUUGAUGUAGCUUUACAAGUAGAGAAAGAAACACGUGAUGUAGAAGUACAAAUCAAUGAUCAAGUUGAUAAAUAUUUAAAUAAAACUAUAACAGUAUCUACAAUGUCACAAACAUCAUUCACAUCCAAAUCUAGUGAUGAAGAUAACAGUGUAGUAGAUCUAGACAAAUGUAGUACACAAACAAAUAAUCAUGAGGAACAAAGUUUUGAAUGUGAUGCAUCUUGUAGUGAUAGCUCACAAGAUAUUGAAAGUCCAACAGAAUCUGAUACUGAAAUAGGAACAGAAUCUGAUUUUGAUCGGCAUAAUAGUAUUCACAAAGGAAUUAUCAUUCAAAAAGAUUCUGAAAUCAUUGUCUUGAAAAAUGAACUUUGUGUAAGAGAUGCUGAAUUAGAAGAAUUACGUGAUAUGAAUAAACAUUUGGAGAUUUUAUUAAAAGAAAAAGAAAGUUUUAUACACACUCAACAAGAGAAUCUUAAAGCAAGUUAUAAAUUAUAAUUUUACAAAUUAAUUUUAAAAUAUAUUGUAUAAAAAU